AUGGCUCCAAAAGGUAAAGCUCAGGUAUUUAGGAAGAAGGAGGCCCCAACCACGAAAGGACCCAAAGAACGAAAAGGACCUAAAAGAACUAAGAAAAGGAGGGAUAAUUUCAACCUUUAUGUCUACAAGGUCUUGCGUCAAGUUCACACCGAUAUAGGCAUCUCUUCAAAGGCCAUGUCUAUCAUGAACUCCUUCGUGAUUGAUAUCUUUGAACGCAUAGCCUCUGAGGCAGGCAAACUGACUCACUACAACAGGAAAAGCACUCUGACUAGUCGCGAGAUUCAGACAGCUGUGCGACUGAUAUUGCCUGGUGAGCUGGCCAAGCAUGCUAUCUCAGAAGGCACUAAGGCGGUUACCAAGUUCUCUUCUUCUACCCAGAAGUAA